AUGGCUCGUCUACGGUCACUGCUGCAACAAGUCUGCAGCUUGAUGCUGCUGCUGGCGGUCGGCUCGCAGGCACUCAAGUUCGACAUCCAGGCUGGCAGUGGCCACGACAAGCACUCGCGGCGAUGCAUUCGCAAUUUUGUCUCCAAGGACAUGCUGGUGGUCGUCACGGCCAUCGUUGACGGCUACAAGGGCGACGGCAUGCAGCUGAAUAUGCAUAUCUCGGACGCGACAGGCAAUGAGUACGGCAAGCCCAAGGACAUUGCCGGCGAGCAGCGCACCGUCUUCACCUCGCACGCCGACGCCCCCUUCGACGUGUGCUUCGAGAACAUCCUGACAGGCUCCCGCUACGUCGAACACCCAUACCGGCACGUCGAGCUGGACAUUGACAUUGGCGCCGACGCUAAGGACUGGUCAGCCAUUCAAGCGACCGAGAAGCUGAAGCCGGUCGAGACGGAGCUGCGGCGCAUCGAGGAGAUGGUGGCCGAGGUGGUUAGCGAGAUGGACUACCUGCGGUCGCGCGAGCAGAAACUGCGCGACACGAACGAGAGCACCAACACGCGCGUCAAGUGGUUUGGCUUCUGCACCACCUUCCUGCUGAUCGCUCUGUGGGCGUGGCAGAUCAUGUACCUGCGGGCGUACUUCAGGUCCAAGCAUCUUAUUUAA